AUGACGGAAUCCGAAGUGGAUGCGAAUGAACAAAUAUUCUGGAUGUACACGGCGUUUAAUGUGUCCAAUAUCACGGAGACUUAUUCCAACCCGUUUGAUGAAUUACGGGCAGGAAAGGAUCUUGUGCGCCAACUGGCUUGGCUGAUCGGUGUACUAUACGCCGCUGUGUUUAUGGUCGGUACUUUGGGAAACGCUCUGAUAGUCAUCACCGUAGCAUGCAACAAAUCCAUGCAGAACGUUACGAAUUAUUUCAUCGCCAACCUGGCAGCCUCUGAUUUCAUAAUGUGUAUUUUCUGUAUACCUUGGACGGUAGUUAACAGUUUAAUGGACAACUGGAUAUUCGGAGACGUUAUGUGUCGCCUUGUACCCACCAUACAAGCAAUUUCGGUGUUUGUGUCAAUUACAUCUCACGUUGUUAUAGCGAGCGAUCGAUACUGCAUGAUAACGUACCCGUUGAAACCACGGCUGACCAGGGCUAUUUGUUUUGUUAUCAUCGCUCUAUCGUGGACCUCUGCUACAGCACUCGCAAUUCCUAUAACAUACUUCACCAAAGAAUACGACCUGCGUGUUUACGGCUACCACAUCGUUUGUUACGAAAUGUGGCCAUCAGAAGUGCCCAAGAAAGUAUAUGAGAUUAUUCUAAUAUUACUUGGCUAUUUAAUUCCCUUGACUGUGAUUAUUACACUGUAUGGUAGAAUUUCUUACGUGAUAACGAGUCGAGUUUUACCAGGAGUGUUCACAGAGGCACAGGAAAGGCAGGACUUAAAAAAGAAACAGAAAACCAACAGACUAUUAAUAGCAGUUGUAAUGACAUUUACGAUAUGUUGGUUCCCGAUGUAUAUGAUUCGUAUCAUCACUGAGAUUAAUCCAAAGGUAUUUAGCGGUGAAUACCAUGAUUUAGUGUUUUUUAUAUGUCACUGGUUUGCCAUGAGCUCAACCGUUUACAACCCUUUCGUAUACGCCUGGCUACAUGAAAAGUAUCGCCGGCGGUUAAAAUCGGCAUUCGUAGCAAAAUGCUUCCGGCGUUCCUCAAUCUACCGCCAACACAGCAAGGAAGGGGUGGCGACAACGCAUCUACAAACUCGCGACUACGUUACAAACUCUCCUAAAUCUACAAGAUUUAGUUCCAUGCGAAGUUUGAAAGGAGUUGACACAGUGUAA